AUGACCAAGGAGGCCGAAUCUAAGGAGAUGUAUGUUGCUGAGAAAUUGAAGGAAGAAAACGAUCAAGAAGAUAUUGGAGGGACAUUGCUACACGCCCCAUUGGUAGCACAGGAGCUUGAAGUACCACACCCUCAAAAGCUACAAGAAGAGACCAAGCAUGAGCAAUUCACUCAGUUCUUGGAAAUCUUCAAAAAGUUUCACAUUAAUAUUUCUUUUGCUGAGUUGUUGGAGAAGAUGCCUCCCUAUAUGGCCUUCAUGAAAAGCCUACUCUCUGAGAAGAAGGUCUUGAAGGGAGAUAAAACUGUAGUCUUGACCAAGGAGGGUAAUGCAUUGAUUCAGAGGAAGCUACCUAAGAAGAUGCCAAACCCUGGAAACUUCCUAAUUCCCUGUACCAUUGGGAAUAUUAUUUUUGAGAAAGCAUUGUGUGAUCUUGGUUCAAGCAUAAAUCUGAUGUCAUUCUCUAUAAUGAAGAAGUUGGGGAUCCAAGAGGCGCAGCCUAUAAGAAUAGCACUAGAAAUGGCUGACAAGUCUCGGAAGCAAGCAUAUGGGCUAUUGGAGAACGUACAAGUCAAGGUUGGAGAGCUCUUCCUCCCUGCAAAUUUUGUGAUUCUUGACAUGGGAGAGGAUAUAGAUGAAUCCAUCAUCCUAGGAAGGUCAUUCCUAGCCACAGGAAGAGCCCUCAUAGAUGUUGAAAGAGGUUGUGGAAAAAUUAUUUUUGGUGCUUCUGCUGUUAGACAGGUUCUUGUUUGA